AACGAGGUGCAGAGCAUUUAACAGGGGAGCCUUCUUGCGGAAGAUCUAUCUAUGAGACGUAUCGUGACCUCAGACUCGUUCAGGUAGCAUCCAUCCCAGUCUCUGCGACUCUGUCCUGUAACCAACCCGAACCUCAAGGCGGCGCACUUCGCUGCCUCUUCCGUCAUUGUGCAUAUUGGGAGAUCGUUGGUUGAUCAUUCUUUCGCCAUUGAGCUCGACUCUCCCCAAUCAUUUGGUGAAUGGCGGGGUUGAGACCACUACGAGCUACCACCGGCGCAGUCCAAAGCAAUCGACUCUCCAUAGACUACCGUAUCCUCAAGGUGAGAGCAUCCUUACCAUGUCUCUUUUGUUCCUUUGCUUCAUCGCUCCAUCGCUUCAUCGCCACUCUUCAACCCUUCCUACUUCUCCUCGCCUUGUCGCAGGUGAUAAUGGCCGACAGACCGGCUCACAAACGAUCUAAAAGCGCUCGAGUCCUCAAUUUGUUGCGCAGCGACAACUUGCCACGCGAUAGUGGCUCAGACACAGAAUCACCCGUGAACACGACGACCUCUACUACUGGCCCCCUCUCUGCCACUGCUUCUACGGGACCAUUGACCCCUACCGACGGUCCACGACUCAACCCUCUGUCACUCACAAAUACUCGUACCUCUCAAUUAACCAUGGAUCCCAGCGAUCCAACCGGAGGCCCACCGGAUACCUCCCAUAAAGUCCCCUCGGGUGUGUCUCCGGCCAACGGAGCGUCCAUCGAAGACUCUGUACGAACGUUCCGUGUUUUCGAAGUCCUCAGAAACAAAGACAGUGCCGCCAUCUCAAAAGCAAUAUCGGAAUCAAUACCUUCCUCUUCAAACCCUCAGCCUAUACCCGGAACAACGAUCCUUCAUCUGGCUGUACAAUGCGCCGAGCCGAAUGUGGUGGAUCAGGUAAUAAGAGAAGGAAAGGGGCUUGAUGUCAAUGCCCAGGACAAGGAGGGAAACACUGCUUUACACCUGGCUGCCCAGCUAGGGCGGGCCCCUGUUGUCAGAAGUCUCCUCGAGCUGCCGGACAUCAAUGAUUCGAUCGCCAACAGGCAAGGGAAAUUGGCGAUCGAUCUUGCUCGGACGCCAGAGAUCUUCCAAGAAUUACAGCUGGCUAAAUCUAUCUUCCUCGAUGAGAAGAUCAGAGCCAUCCAAACGGCGCUGGCGCAGAGAGAAUACAAGCAGGUCGAGGCCCUCCUGAUUGAGCCUCGAGUGGAAGGCACAUUGGAUGUCAAUGCCCAAGAGUUAGCUACGGAGCCAAUAACGGUGCAGACCGGAGGCACUCUUCUCCAUGAAGCAGCGCGCAAGAGGGAUCUACACCUGGCUCAGCUCCUCUUGCUCCACGGUGCGGAUCCAUUUCGAAGAGACCGCAAGGGUAAGCUCCCUCAAGACGUUACCAAGGAUGACCGGACCAGGGCAAUCCUGAAAAAGUCUCCUGCGGCUGCUGCUGCUCAACGUGGGAUACAGGAAAAAGCCAUUUUGGGAAACCAUCCGACCCAGGCAAGGUCCGGACCAGUUGACGCAAGCAAAGAUGCUCGAGAAAUGAAAGGAUACCUCAAAAAAUGGACAAACUAUACGAGUGGCUAUAAAUUGAGGUGGUUCGUCCUCGAGGAGGGCGUUCUCAGCUACUACAAGCACCAAGACGACGCAGGAUCGGCUUGUCGUGGGGCUAUCAACAUGCGUAUUGCACGGCUUCAUAUGGAUCCGCAAGAUAAGACGAGAUUUGAAAUACAUGGAAAGUCGUCGGUCAAAUACCACCUUAAAGCCAACCAUGUUGUCGAAGCGAAGAGAUGGUUUUGGGCUCUCAACAAUGCCAUUCAGUAUACCAAGGACGAGGCGAAAGAGGAGGAGAAGAGACGGACGCUUGACCUCGACAGCCUUCGCCACACAAGAGGGGAGUCAUCUUCAGAUAUGCUUUCGUCCACACCUGGCAGGUUGAAACCACCCGCUGCUGCGUCGCUUGGUGCCCCUGGAGCCUCUUCCAAAGUAAGCUUCCGUUCCGACAUCGACGCUGGCUCGGCCUACGACUCCUACGAUGCUAGUCUCGCCGGAGAUGAACUCCAGCGGAUACCGACAAACGCUCAAAGUGCGCCAAUCGAUGCGGAGGACGACGCCGACGGUGACGACGCUAGUAGCCGUGAGGUUCACCAGCCGGGAAGUAAAGAUGCUUUCAAUAUUACUGCUCAGUCAGCCAAACUCCAGCUCGACCUUCUCUCGCGAGUUUCCGAAGCACUCAUUAAACGUUCAUCGUCUCAACCGGACACCACAAUGUCUGAUCCUGAAGUUUCCCAAGCACUUUCUGCCUACCAGGAAGCCGUCGGCAGCUUGAAAGGCUUGGUCACAGAUCUCUUGAAGAUAGCCAAGGACAGAGAUGCAUAUUGGCAGUAUCGCCUAGAUCGAGAUGCUGAUGUUCGCAGGAUGUGGGAAGAGAGCAUGGCCAAGAUUGCCUACGAGCAUGAAGAUCUCAAGAAAUCCAUUGCAGAGUCGGAGGAGAAGCGUAAGCGAACCAAGCGUGCUUUGAAGGAAGCCUUGGAGGGGCAAUCUCAGCAAGAACCCUCGGACCAUGUCCAAUUUGAAGAGGCUUUUGAAGACCAAACUACACUCAGACCUGAGGCUGCACUGUCUGCAAAGAAUCGGUCCAGGAGGAAAUCGUUCACGCGAGAGGGCAACAGAAGGAAGUCGAUAAUUGCCCAGUAUACCAAUCUGUCCGACUCCGAAUCGGGAGAUGACGAGGAAUUUUUCGACGCUAUUGAUGCCGGAAAAGUCGAAGUCGUUGAGCCACCACUAGCGAGUCCGCCUCCCGUGCAUGUGUCUCAUGAAGAGGAGAAAGAGCCAUUCUCGCAACUCGAUGAGCGGGCUCAAAAGCAAAUGCAGAUUGAGCCAUCGUAUGCAGGUUACGAAGACGGUAUCCGUAAGCGGCUGAAGAUGGAUGCAGAUGAUCGUCCUAAGAUCUCACUUUGGGGGAUUCUCAAAUCCAUGAUUGGGAAAGACAUGACGAAAAUGACUCUGCCUGUAUCUUUCAAUGAACCGACCUCGCUACUUCAGCGUGUCGCCGAGGACAUGGAGUACGCCGACCUCCUCGAUAUUGCCGCAGAUCGACCUGACUCAACGGAACGGCUUGUUUAUGUUGCUGCAUUUGCUGCCUCUGAGUAUGCCAGCACUAUUGGCCGUGUCGCGAAACCGUUCAACCCUCUUCUUGGGGAGACAUAUGAGUAUGUCCGGCCGGAUAAGGGAUAUAGAUUUUUCAUCGAGCAGGUCAGUCAUCAUCCGCCUAUUGGUGCCGCUCAUGCGGAGUCUGCUCGCUGGGAUUAUUGGGGCGAAUCGGCCGUCAGGUCCAAGUUCUACGGCAAGUCAUUCGACAUCAACCCAUUGGGUACCUGGUUUCUGCGCCUCCGUCCUUCGAAUGGGGCUCCGCCUGAACUGUUUACAUGGAAGAAAGUGACCAGUUCGGUUGUCGGUAUUAUUACUGGCAACCCUACUGUCGACAACUAUGGUGCCAUGGAAAUCAAGAACUGGACGACUGGCGAAGUCUGUGUGCUUGACUUUAAAGCACGAGGCUGGAAGGCAAGCUCUGCUUACCAAGUCUUUGGCAAAGUCGUGGGGGUGGAUGGCGUGACCAAGUGGAGUAUUGGCGGUCGAUGGAAUGACAAGAUUUAUGCCCGUGCCACGGAAGGUUAUGAGGAUGAAUCAGUCGGUGAUGGCAAACAGCAUAAAUCCGGCAGUCAAGCCUUCCUCGUCUGGGAAGCUCAUGAACGCCCUCAGGGCAUUCCGUUCAACCUGACGCCCUUUGUCGUGACACUCAAUGCUGUUCCGGAUACGUUGCGUCCUCAUCUCCCACCCACAGAUACCCGGUUGCGGCCAGAUCAGCGAGCCAUGGAAGACGGUCAAUAUGACUUCGCCGCGACUGAGAAGAACAGAGUCGAAGAGAAACAGCGUGCGGCUCGGAGGAGACGUGAAGCUGCCGGCGAAGAUUGGAAGCCCAAAUGGUUCGAAAAGAAGACAGAUCCUGUCACUGGAGAGAGCUACUGGGAACACAAUGGACAAUAUUGGCAAAAGCGGGCAGAAAAAGAUUGGAACAUCUGCGACGACAUCUUUUAGGCAGAGAUACAUGAGCCGACCCUGGAUAAACCGGGACAUGCAAAGAUUGAGAAAGAUAAGGAGGACAGAAAGAGCCUGGAGAGAGAGUCAGCAGAGCUGACCAAGUAUGAAGCAAAGAAAUCCUAAGCACCAUGACAGGUAUCGCUAUACAGCCACGAAUAUGAUUACUUGUGAAGA